GCUGCACUCGCAUUUAAGGAGGUCCUGGAAGAGAGGCGUGUCGCUUUAGUCGCCACACGUUUUCGAGGUCGAGCGGCAAUAUGGUGGAUGAAUUUGUGCAGCUUGCGGCAUCGUCAAGAGAAACUGUCACUUUCAUCUUGGAUAAAAUUUCGUGAGUAUGUAGAGCGUGAGUUUGUGCCAUUCAACUACGAUAGCCUUGUUUAUCAAAAGUUACAAAAUUUACGCCAAGGGACACGCUCGGUGAAUGAAUAUACUAUGGAGUUCCAUCGGCUCUUGACUCGUGUUGACUUGCGAGAGAUGAAGAACCAGUUGGUCUCAAGGUAUGUGAGAGGCCUUCGUGCGGGGAUUCGCGAUAUGUUGAAUAUGUUUCUGCCAGAUUCGGUUUCGGAUGCUCACCAACGGGUCGUUCUUGUCGAGGUCCAAUUGGCACAAAAAGCUGGCUCAUCUUUUGCUUCUUCCUCGCGACCUGGAGUACCGCUGGGGUCGGGUCCACAGUCAUCAACUGUUGGACAGAAGAAUGCUGGCAAGAAGUCGGUCGAGGUUGGAUCAAGCGCGACGUCGGUAGCGGUUCCAGAAGGUGCGCAGUCUCAGGGAGGGAUCACACCCACCGACGUGCCUUCUGUUGUGAAUGCUGCUGCCAUAAAUCAAGCGAAGCCCGAGCCAGACGUGACGGGAACCGAGUUGGCCAUGACCGAGCUCCUGCACACCGAGGUGCCGAGAAGGGAGCCGGAGAAACCAUCCUCUCCUCCGAAGUCAGUGGAGUCUAAUCAACCGGAGAAGAGGAAGAAGAGAAAGUUGGUAAAAAUGUCUGAUGUUGGUGCUUCUUCCGGAGUGGAGAAGAGAUCAAAGAAGAAGCACGACUCUGGUCGUAGAGCUGCGGAGAAGGGUAGUGAUGAAUCUUCCCUGUUUGAGAAGUCGUUCUUAACGAUCGAUGAGGUGAGGGCAGCUAAUGUGAAGGUACCUGAAGGC